AUGCCAAAACGGAAAUCAAAAGACGAUGAGGAUGAUGAUGAUGAUGAAUAUAAUCCGGAGGGAGAUGAUAGCCCAGAGGAGGAACUACUUGGAGUUGACGACGCUGAUGACGACUCCAAUAAUCCUGAAGGAGAGGAAAAUCACAAGGGGGGGCAGCCAGAUGCCGACGAGAAUGGCGAGGAGACUACUGGUGAUACAAAGCAAAAAAGAAGGCCAAAGAAAUUGAGACGGAAAAUACACUACGAGGACCCAGAAAUUGAUCUGCUACCAAGUCAUGAGCGCAAGACCACAGCGGGUGGAUAUGCUCACACCAACAAGAGUAAAGAAAAGAUUUCUAUGGCCAAUCGAGGGAACACUCCAUGGAACAAGGGGAAAAAUAGAUCCUCAGCUGAUAGAGCAAAGAUCAAAGCCGGAGUCCAGGCUCGCAACCGAGCUAUCAAAUUGGAAAAGUUGAGGAGACUUGGAAUGACGGAAGAAGAAUACGAUAAAAAGAAAAAGGAAAUCAAGUAUCUUCGCGAGCGAGUGCGUCGCACAAAGCUUGCAAAUGAUCGACAUGCUGCGGCACAAGCCCAAAAGAAACUGCAGGCUGCAAUUGACGCCACAUCUGACAAGGUCCCAGUAAAGGAGCUGGUCAAGAAGAUCCAUGAAGAGGCGGAUGAAGAAGUGGUCAAGAUCCAAAAGGAGAUCAAGGUUUUCUCUGAAGAGAUCACUUGGACACCCGUUGAAGUUUGGAAAGAAGGCGAUUCCUAUGACAAGAUCUGUCCUUCUGGAGGCCCAGGUGGUCUCAUUUGUUGUCAAGAAUGCGCCAAAAAGUAUUCUUCCUUUGUAGACGAUACGAUGAAAGAUUUGGAAGCCCAACGGACACACAAACUGGGGAACGAAGUCAAGGAGAUUGCUACCCUAUUAGAACAGGGAAGAAGUGAUUUGGAACGUAUUGGCAGCGUUGCCAGGAGAAAGCCACCUCCAACAAACCGACGCAUGUUUCAAAGUGAUCACCCUAGAGCAACCAGCACUUCGGCUUCAAAAAGUCGUGCAUCUUUGAAUUCCAAUCAGCGCUUGGGAGAGGAAGAUCAAGAAUGGAAUCUAACAAGCACAUUUGAUAUUGUGCAGCCAAUGGGAGGCACCGAGGUGUGGGGAGUAUAA